UCUCGAAUUCAACCCCAUCUCCACGAUCACCGCCACUCCUGCUCGCCAGCAUGCUCCGCCGCCAAUCGCGCGAGCGUCGCGAGUACCUGUAUCGCAAAAGUCUUGAGGCCCAAGAGGCUCAGCUAUACGCCAAGAAGCAGAAGGUCCGACAACUCCUCGCAGAAGGCAAGGCCAUUCCGAAAGAGCUACGAGAUGGCGUAGAAUCGUCAGAGAAGCUGGCAAGAGGCAUCGACCUCGAUGCUAGCCAGGCAGAUCCCCUUACCAGCUUCGACUCAGAAUACGCCAUGGCCGGUGCGAGAGAUCCGCGCAUACUUGUCACCACCUCUCGCUCCCCUUCAUCACGCCUCACCGCCUUUGCCAAGGAGAUGAGGCUCGUCUUCCCCAACUCGACCCGCAUCAAUCGUGGUGGCUACAAGGUCCACGAUCUAGCAGCAGCAGCGCGCGCAAAUAACAUCACCGACCUUGUCGUCGUCCACGAGCACCGCGGUGUACCGGACGCAAUGGUUGUCAGUCACUUCCCUCACGGCCCUACCGCCCUCUUCACGUUGCACAAUGUCGUCCUCCGCCACGAGGUCGCUGCCCACUCAAGCUCAACAGUCAGCGAGCAGUAUCCUCACCUCAUCUUUGAGGGCUUUGAGUCAAAGCUGGGCGGACGUAUCCGCGACAUCUUGAAGUACCUCUUCCCCGCCCCCAAGGAGGAAAGCAAGCGAGUUAUGACCUUCCGCAACGAGCGAGACUUCCUCAGUUUCCGCCACCACGUCUUCCUCAAGACUUCGCAUCGAGAAGUCUCGCUCGCUGAGGUCGGGCCGAGAUUUGAGAUGAGGCCGUACGAGAUUCGUCAGGGGACGUUAGAGAUGGGAGACAGCGCCGAUGUUGAGUGGAUCCUCCGGCCUUACAUGAAUACCAAGAGGGACCAGCUGUAAAGGCACGCUACGAGAUCAGCAUCACUCGCUCGGCGGCUUCGUACACUGUGAUACCUGGCGUCAGUUGCAAUGUAAUUUUAGACAUACUGAUCAUAGCAUGCGAGGUCGAACGUGGGCCAGAUAGUCAGACGGGGCGAUGAGGAGGUACAGCCCCCGAGGCUUUUGGCGAACGAUUACCCUAUGCCCGGCCAUGGCGGCGACAUUGCUUUCGAUGAGACUUGUGUAUGGUUCCCAAAGAGCAGGAAUAGGG